AUGGCCUCGUCCUUCCUGCAGAGGCGCGCAGCAUCGCGUCUCGUGUCGCUCGCGGGGGCGGCUCAUCCCCGCAGUCCUGGCGAGUUGACCAUCUCCAUCUCACAGAUCCGACGACAGAGCACCAGCACAGCAAGUGCCUAUGGCGUUCCAGCAACUGAUGUUUCCUCUCCGGUCUAUGCCCCCGUCUCUGACUCUCCCCGUUCGUCCCGGCAAGCGGCCCUCAAAUCCGCAAAACCCUUCUCCGAAUUCCUCACCGACACCUUCCACCGCCAGCAUGACUACCUCCGCAUCAGCAUCGCCGAGCGCUGUAAUCUCCGCUGUCUGUACUGCAUGCCUGAGGAAGGCGUUCCGCUCUCGCCGCCCGCGCACCUCCUCACGACCCCCGAGAUCGUAUACCUCUCCGCCCUGUUCGUCUCCCAGGGUGUGACAAAGAUCCGGCUGACUGGCGGCGAGCCGACGGUGCGCAAGGAUAUCAUUCCGAUGAUGCGGGCAAUUGGCGAUCUCCGGCGCGACGGGCUGCGGGAGCUCUGUAUCACGACGAAUGGCAUCUCUCUGCACCGGAAACUGGACGCGAUGGCGGAGGCCGGCCUGACGGGCGUGAACCUCAGCCUGGACACGCUGGACCCGUUCCAGUUCCAGAUCAUGACCCGGCGGAAAGGGUUCGAUGCCGUGAUGAAGAGCAUCGACCGCAUCCUGGAGAUGAACAAGCUGGGCGCGGGGAUCAAGCUGAAGAUCAACUGCGUCGUCAUGCGCGGCCUCAACGACCGCGAGAUUAUCCCCUUUGUCGAGCUGGGCCGGGAGAAACCCAUCGACGUGCGCUUCAUCGAGUACAUGCCGUUUGACGGCAACAAGUGGAGCCAGGGCAAGAUGGUCCCGUAUCGAGAGAUGCUGGCCAUCAUCCGGGAGAAAUACCCGGCCCUGGAGAAAGUGCCCGACCAGAAGAACGACACGAGCAAGACGUAUCGGGUUCCCGGGUUUGAGGGCCGUGUCGGAUUCAUCACGAGCAUGACCGACAACUUCUGCGGCACCUGCAACCGGCUGCGCAUCACGUCGGAUGGGAAUCUGAAGGUCUGUCUUCACGGCAACGCGGAGGUGUCUCUGCGCGACCUGAUCAGAAAGGAGAACAACGGCCAGCCCAUCGACCAGGAGGCGAUGGAGUCGCUGAACCUGCUCGAAUCCGCGCGCAAGGCGGCUCGAAUCCACGACGAGGGUGGGACUGUGGGCGAGCGCGAACGAGAGCUGCUAAACGUGAUAGGUCUGGCGGUGAAGCGCAAGAAGGCGAAGCACGCCGGAAUGGGCGAGCUGGAGAAGAUGAGGAACCGGCCGAUGAUUCUAAUUGGUUCAAACUCGCUGACAGGCUUACUAGAUGAGACGCCGGUCCCUGUCAGCAAGGUCAGCAACGUAAACUCUUUAGCACGAGGCACUCUUCAUCGAGCGUCUUCAAUCCCAGUCCACAUCCUACCUCCAGGGAUAGGGAUGGGAUCUAAUGCGCAAAUCCGUGCCUACAGUACGAACGUCGGACCAGCGCAGAGCGACCAUUCAACCGUCUCUCUCCCUUCAGACUCGCACCGCGAUCUCUCUCACCUCACGCCGGAGCAGACAGUGCACAUGACCAAGAUCGAAGGCAAAGCGAUCACGAAACGCCUCGCGACGGCCCAGUGCAGCGUGUACUUCACCAACGACAAGCCAUACGAGCUGCUCUCUUCGGGACGCGUUCGCAAGGGCAACGUCUUCGCCGCAGCGCGCAUCGCGGGGAUCAUGGCCGCGAAGAAGACAGCCGAUAUCAUCCCGCUCUGCCAUCCCAGCAUCGGCAUCACGGGUGUCGAAGUCGACGUCCGGCUGCGACCACCAGCACCAGCAGAACCAAAACCAGAGCGAAAGCGAGCAAAACAGCGAUCCAGAUUUGGGUCCGUGCAGAUCAAGGCCACCGUGACCUGCAUCGGGCGGACAGGCGUCGAGAUGGAAGCCAUGACGGCAGUGAUGGGUGCGGCGCUGACGGUCUACGACAUGUGCAAGGCCGUCGAUAAGGGGAUGGUCAUUGGGAAUGCGCGGGUGAUUGAGAAGAUGGGCGGGAAGAGCGGGCAUUGGGUUUAUGGACGGCGGAAACAUGACAAUAACGAUAACAAUGACGAAAACAGAAACAUGCUGGGAAACAAGUACGAGAGGCAGCCUGCUGAAGAUAGCCAGGACAACCAGGACAGCCAAGGGAAAAAGGAGAUGCAGGUAGUAGGUAAUGACCUGGAGAAUUCUGCUGUUGCAACGCAGCAGCAGCAGCAGCAGCAGAACCAGCAGGAAAAUGAGAAGCAGCAGCAGGAAGGCAAAGGCAAAGAAAGCACACAAACAAAAACAAAUAAUACGGGCCUAACCCCGUCGUGGGAUACCAAGUGGGAUUCGUGA